AAGGGCAAUUUUGGCUUGCAUCAAGUAAAUGUCCUUUUUUAAUUCAGACGUUCAAUUUUUUUUAUUAUAGGUAUUUGAGGAGGAAGGCAGAUCCGCGCAAAAUGUUGCACCGGAAGCAACACAGAUGUAUCCGUCAUUUAUUAAUUUAAACGAAGAUGAAAACAAUCACUUACUCCUGGACAUGGAUUCCUUGGUUCCUAGGCAUAAUAAUUUUUUUGCAAACCGCAGUCAUGAAUCGACUAAGAAGAAAUCUCAUAUUGGUAAGGAAAUAUACAACAGGGAGAUGGAUGGCACUGGAUGGCCAGACAAACCCAUCAGAAACUGGUGUCAAGAGGAAACAAUGGAAUGGUUUAUGUCAGCCGCGGCGUAUUUAGGUCAACAAUUUAGUUCUUUUCACAGCUUUGCUGUGUCGGGGGAGGAACUCGUAACUUUCACGCGACAAGAUUUUAUUAAUCACGAACCGCUGUACGGGGACCAAUUGUACGAUCUUCUUCACUCACAACGAACAUCGAAUAUGCGACCAUCAUUCGAUUCUUGUUCUAUUCCAAUACAAGAGGAUGAAUAUGCACCAAUUAUUUCAAGCAAUAUAUCUGAUGCAGAAUCGGAUAAUAGCGUCGAAAUCAAAACGAAAAGAUUGCCUGGCAGACCAAGGGUAUUGAAACUCAAAAAGAAUCCUGCCACUCAAGGAAAAUUGUGGGAAUUUAUUAGAGAUUUACUACGUAGUAGAGAAACAUGUCCCAGUUUAAUCUGUUGGGAAGACUAUUCGCAAGCUAAAUUUCGCUUUGUAAAAAGUGACGAGGUAGCAAAACGAUGGGGUUCACGGAAAGGAAACACAAAAAUGACUUAUGAAAAACUUAGCAGAGCCAUGAGAUAUUAUUACAAAAGCAAGAUAUUUCAACCGGUGCUAGGUCGAAGAUUGGUGUAUCAAUUUGGACCAAAUGCAAAAGGUUGGCAAACGGAUAAUCCGAAUUUUCGAAAUUGAAACCGACUUCGUUAAGAACGAGUUUAUAAUAUAAUGGAAUGCGUGUAUAUGAAAUACAAAAAUAAUAAUAACGUGGAAAGUCGUGAA